CCCGCCCCGCCCCCGCCCGGCAGUUUGAAGGAGAGCGGCGGUUGGGAACCGGUCGCGGCCGCGGCGCCGGGAGGGAGCGGGUGAGCCAUGGGAGCAGCGUCCAGGCCUCGUAACAUGUUGUGCAGCACUUGAGUCUUGACGGCGUAGCUGGCCCAGAGCUGCUGCAGAGGUUCCGGAAGUCGUGCGUCCCCACAUAGCGCUGGGCUGCAGUGUGCAUGAGGGCCACGUCCAGGUCUGCACAGGGGAAGAAGUAGCGGGUCCAACCAGCCCAGCAGAAACCAUGGAGAACAGGCUGGAAGCAGACAGGCAUUCAUGUGCUGCUCUGAGUGAUGAGGAGCUGGAAGGAGGCAGCGAGGGCCAUGGAGCAGAAGGGGCACCUCUGUGCUGCAGUGCCUACACUGCGCUCACAGGGCUGCAGCCAGCCCGACCUCCAUCCGAAGGGUUCCCCUGUGCAGAGCCCAGCGCUGCACCAUGGUGCCCCAAGGGCUCGAGGAGGCAGGUGAUGAAGAGGAAGGUGCUGAGGCGGAGACCUGACGGAGGAGUCCAGGUCUGUGACGAAUCGAUCACCAGACUGCCAGAGAGCACGGCCAUGUGGAACCUGACACAGCAAAUGCUUCAGCUGAGCACCGGUCCAGAUGACAGCCUCUCCGAGGGGGAAAUCGAGAUGAGCAGCAGUUUUUUCCAACAGUUCCCCCCAGAGCCUUCCUAUCAGCAUCAGGGCGCUGAGUGCGAUCCUCCCUUCCUUCUCAGGGUUGUGCAGAGCCAGAGUCCUCCCACCUCUCACUGCACAGCCACAACAGUGCAGCCCAAGUCCUUCAUUCCCCCCAGGUUGGAGACGCUGCGUCAAAACCGCAGCAAAAGCGACCGGGUGGCCAAAUAUUUUGAGUACAAGCGAGAGUGGGAGCGGUUCCCUGUGCCAGGUGAGGACCAGCACAAGGACGUGCGCUGCAGCAUUCGGGGGCGGAUGCUCACACAGCACAGCCACCCCAGCAAACCGCAGCACACCUACGUCCCCAACACCUACACGGUGCCCACGGACAAGAAGAGGGCUGCCCUGCGCUGGGAAGUGCGCUGGGACCUGGCGAAUGGCCUCAUCCCCAGGAAAAACACCCCGUUCUGACGUCAUCCUGGAUGCUCUCCUCUUCCAUCCAGAACUCAACUACUCUGGAAAUCUUUCUGUUUAUAUAAGCGUGUUGAUUGUAGUGUAAAACUUCUCCCAGCUCCCCAGGUUAUUGGAUUUCGGACAUCCGUACUUCGCUGCUACACUGUUAGAAAGCUUCACUCUGAGUCACUGCUGGAAAGCCGAGGAAGCAGACAGGGAAAAGCCACUCAAACUGCAUAACGAAGCGAGAGCUGUGAUUUUUAAGUUGGAAUGCUGCUGCUCCCCCGGACGGGGGCUGUGUGAGCUGUGUGAUGUAGGGCAACUCGGCAACGUACUUCAAUAAAGCGUGUCAGAAGGCC